AGCAAUUCUCUUGAUAUCGUUCAACUUCGAGUCAAUUGCCUCCAAAAACUGUUGAUUACUGUGAAGAGUUUCCCGCUUCGGACUUUCUCCACGCUUUCCAGAUCUUGAAUUUUUCACUUUUUCCAGCCUUCGAAAAACUCCGAUUUCCACACCAAAAUGGGUCUCACUAACGACGACAAGUUCCCUACUACUCCCAAGCCUAAGUACAUUCCAUACUCGAAGGCCAACGACAGUCUCACUGCUUGUGCCAACCCAAUCGAGUUGGACUUGGCCAAAGAGUUCGCUGGCAAGACUGUAGUCAUCACAGCUGUUCCAGGAGCCUUCACUCCUACUUGUACCGAACAGCACAUUCCAGACUACUUGAAGAACUUGGAAAAAUUCAAGGCCAAGGGUGUUUCCAAAAUCGUUGUGUUGUCUGCUAACGAUCCUUUUGUUAUGGCCGCUUGGGGUAAGGCCUUGGGCUACAAGGACGAAGAGAACUACAUUGUCUUCGCCACGGACCCUCUCGCUAAGAUCUCGCUGGAAUUAGGUGACAGUUACGUUGCCGACUUGAGUUCCGCCGGUUUUGGUGUUAGAACUGCCAGAUAUGCUGCUUUGGUUGUAGACGGUGAGAUCAGCUUCCUUGAAAACGAAGACUCGUUGGGUUUCACUGAAAUUUCCUCGGCCAAGAACCUCUUGGACAGAAUCUAAGCUGGCACCUACUAAAUCUACCAGUACUGGAAUUUACAUAAUAAAGUGACUUUAAGAAGAAAAUGAUACUGUAGUAAUCGUAGAGGUUCCAGGAUGAAUAUAUACAGCCAUUGACUCUGUAGCUGUUCUCUGUGUGUGGUUGUGGUGCUAUUUCCCCAUGGCGAAAGGAAGAUGGAGGAAUUAGCGAGGGAGAGAUGAGUGCGACAGUGAGGUUAGUGAAAUUAGUGAAAUUAGUGAAAUUAGUGAAAUUAAUGAGAUUUCACAGAGAGCAGUGAGAUCGCUAAAAGUAUAUUAAAGUAAAUGUAAUAGAUUAGACUCAU